CAUUUCUCACAGAAACCCCCACUCUCUCUCAGGCAACGAAGGGAAUCAAUGGCAGCCGUUCCUUCGACCCCACUCCUGAAAGAUGAGCUGGACAUCGUCAUCCCAACCAUCAGAAACCUGGAAUUCUUGGAGAUGUGGAGGCCCUUCUUCCAGCCAUACCAUCUGAUCAUCGUCCAAGAUGGUGACCCAACAAAGACGAUCAAGGUCCCUGAAGGAUUCGAUUACGAGCUCUACAACAGGAACGAUAUCAACCGUAUACUGGGACCCAAGGCGUCGUGUAUCUCUUUCAAGGACUCGGCUUGCCGUUGCUUUGGUUAUAUGGUCUCCAAGAAGAAGUACAUCUACACAAUCGAUGAUGAUUGCUUCGUUGCUAAAGAUCCAUCUGGAAAAGAGAUCAAUGCUCUUGAGCAGCACAUAAAGAACCUUCUCUGCCCUUCCACCCCCUUUUUCUUCAACACUUUGUACGAUCCAUACCGUGAUGGCGCGGACUUUGUUCGUGGGUACCCUUUCAGUCUCCGGGAAGGUGUUCCUACAGCUGUUUCUCAUGGCCUCUGGCUCAACAUCCCCGACUAUGAUGCCCCAACACAGCUAGUCAAGCCUCUCGAGAGAAAUACCAGGUUUGUUGAUGCGGUUCUAACGAUCCCCAAGGGGACUUUGUUCCCAAUGUGCGGGAUGAAUUUGGCAUUCAACCGUGAGCUGAUUGGCCCUGCAAUGUACUUUGGACUGAUGGGUGAUGGUCAACCAAUUGGACGCUACGAUGAUAUGUGGGCAGGCUGGUGCACAAAGCUGAUCUGUGACCACUUGGGUUGGGGGAUCAAGACAGGCCUUCCGUACAUCUGGCACAGCAAAGCGAGCAACCCGUUUGUUAACCUCAAGAAGGAAUACAAUGGGAUCUACUGGCAGGAAGAGCUCAUCCCGUUCUUCCAGCAAGUGGCCCUCCCGAAGGAAUGCACCACUGUUCAGAAAUGUUACAUCGAGCUAUCCAAACAGGUGAAAGCCAAACUUGGGAAGGUGGACCCGUACUUCGUCAAGCUUGCUGAUGCCAUGCUUACAUGGAUCGAAGCUUGGGACGAGCUCAACCCAUCUGGAAAGGCAGCCGGUGAGCUACCAAAUGGGCCCCCUCCUGCCAAGACAAAAUAGAGAACUUUGAUGAACUAUUCUACCCCUUUUAAUUUAAAUCUUUUUGUUAGUUUGGGACUGGUUAUUUUUUAGCUGUAUUUUCUGCGAUUUCUGGGAUAGAAAUUUGAGGUAUUUUUGCAGAUGGGUGGGAUGUAAUCUUAUUUGUAGCUCUUCUUUUUUCCUUCAUUUUGUACUAGUAAUAAGUGGUCUUUUGGGGGAUCAUUAUAGUACUCCUGUUGUGGUAAUUGAUGUAGUGUUGGAUUUGAUUUC